CCCAGGGAAGGAGGGAGAGGGCGGGGCGGCAGCGAAGGCCCAGGAUAAAAGGGGGCGGAGGCGCCGUCCGGGCCCAGCCAGCCCACCAUGCAAGCCCCCCGUCUGCCCUGGUUCUUCCUGCACGCCUGGUGGGCCCUGCUCCAGGCGGGCGCCGCGACCGUGACCCCGUCGCCCCUCCGUACGCGGGGGCAGCCCUCGUCGCCGUCCCCUCUAGCGUACAUGCUGAGCCUCUACCGUGACCCGCUGCCCCGGGCGGACAUCAUCCGCAGCCUGCAGGCGCAAGAUGUGCACGCCGAUGGGCAGAACUGGACCUUUGCUUUUGACUUCUCCUUCCUGAGCCAAGCGGAGGAUCUGGUGUGGGCCGAGCUCCGGCUGCAGCUGGCCGGCCCUGUGGACCUUCCCCCUGGCGUGCUGCCCUCCAUUGAGAUUUUGCACCAGCUAAAGCCGGAUGCGGAGCAGGACCCAGCCGACUGCCGGGAGCGUCUUCGGAUGGACUCGUUCACUGUUCCUCUGUCCCAGAUGACCUUUUCCUCAGGCAGCAUGGUCCUGGAGGUGACCAGGCCUCUCUCCAAGUGGCUGAAGCACCCUGGGGAGCUGGCGGAGCAGGCGUCCAGUUUGGCCAGAGAGUGUCCGCAGCGGCCUCCCGUGCCGCCGGUCGCCAGUGCGCUCCUCGUGCUCUACUCCAACCUCUCCCCGGAGCAGAGGCGGCUGGGUGGCUCCACCUUGCUGUGGGAGGCGGAGAGCUCCUGGCGGGCCCGAGAGGGACAGCUCUCCCAGGAGAGGGGCCGGAGGCACCGCCGGCACCACUUGCCGGACAGAAGCCAGCUGUGUCGGAAGGUCAAGUUCCAGGUGGACUUCAACCUCAUCGGAUGGGGCUCCUGGAUCAUCUACCCCAAGCAGUACAACGCCUACCGUUGUGAGGGCGAGUGUCCUAACCCUGUGGGGGAGGAGUUCCAUCCCACCAACCACGCAUACAUCCAGAGCCUGCUGAAACGAUACCAGCCCCACCGAGUCCCUUCUACGUGCUGUGCCCCAGUGAAGACCAAGCCAUUGAGCAUGCUGUACGUGGACAAUGGCAGGGUCCUUCUAGACCAUCACAAAGACAUGAUUGUGGAAGAAUGUGGGUGCCUCUGAGGAGAUCCUGGUGGGAGCUGGAUUUGCCUGUACCCUGGGAAGGUUCUAGAAGGUUCGGGAAGGUCCUAGAAGACACGAUAGCCGUCUAACCCAAUGAGGAGAGUGGGGGGAAGUUUGCUCUGCCUGCCAGAUGUGAGGAGGAAGGCGCCCACUCUGUAAAGGAAGGUUCCUGCCGUCAGGAGAGAGGGCAAGCCUGUGGAAGCAGCCUUGUUGGGUUUUCUCUUUACUGAAGAGACAGUGGUGAAUAAAAGCACUAGCGAAAGGGUUCUUUGACUUUUUAACCUGUGAACCCCCAGAAAUUAUAUGCAAACGUUGGGGCAUACGUGCAUUCAUUUUUGAGGUGGGACAGAUUAUCUGUAACUUUGAUGUAUUCUCAAAAGUGGUCUUUGACCACCCCUGCCAAGAUUGAGUUCACUGUGUUAAAUUAAAAACAGUUGGC